AAAUUAUACAAAGAAACUUGCACUACUCACAACUUUUCGAAAAAAUCAACUUACAAGUUCUGGUCUGGUGGAAGCAAAGUAUUUUAAACCAUUGGGAGAUUUUCUGGAGUGUGGAGUUGCAUAAACAUGACCGGUUGUGGUUCCAUGACUAAUUAAAAUGCCCAAUAAUUGCGUUUGCAUAAUUAGCCACAAAGAACAAUGGCAAGAAAAUCCGCUUUUACUAUUACAGAUAAAACGAUAAACGAAGCACUAGAGAUAAAGCACCUUUAUUGUGAUGUUAGUUAGUGUCCAAUCGAUCAAACGACAUGGCAAAAACGAACAUUAAUUUAGAAUAUUGGAUGUCAAAUCUGCCGGUGCAUUUAAGAACUUGGCCUUUAAUACGCCUAGCGAUUCCUGGGUCCCACGACAGUAUGACCGCGUCAAUAACGAAAUCGUCCAAAAUUGCGCCCGACGCCGAGUGCCUUCUACAGAAAUUACGCUUUUUGGGACCCCUGCUACGUUUGAUAAUGUCGCGUUGGUCGAAAACGCAAGAUUUGACCAUUGGCGAUCAGUUACGGUGCGGAAUACGGUAUUACGAUCUUCGUGUUGCUACAAGACGAAAUAAAACCUAUCCCUACUUCGUGCACGGGCUUUACGCGGACGAAAUUACGACUAUGGUGACGAGCGUGAGGGAGUUUAUCGACUCGCAUCCUCAUGAAGUCGUCAUUUUAGAUUUUCAACAUUUCUACGCAUUUGCCGAGGAAGAUCAUCAUAAUUUAAUUACGCUUCUUCUCACGGUCUUCAAGUCCAAGUUAUUGCCUUACACCAACGACAUGAAUCAUAUUACCUUAGAGUUUAUGACGGAGAGCAAUAAGUACCAGAUCAUACUGAUAUACCGUGCAAAUUACUCCCGCUUGAGUCAGCAGUACUUGUGGCCCAGUUUUACGUUUCCCACGCCGUGGCCGCAGACGAUAUCGCAAACCGACCUAUUCGACAAACUCAAUAGGGGUAUCGCGACGAGACUGCAGAGCUUCGCGUACGUUUCACAGUGUGUUCUGACGCCGACGAACGGCUUUGUGGCGAAGAAGUUGUGCUCUACCUUGAAAAAAACCUGCGUUGUACCAAUUCACGGCGCACGAAUCGAAUGGAUUCAACAGCAGAGGAUCGGAGAAGGGGGCGUUAAUAUUGUGAUAGGGGAUUUUGUAAAUUUGAAUGAUUUUGAAUUUCCUGCCGAAGUUGUGCAGUUAAAUCUGCAAGUUUUUCCAACUAAUGCUUCCAUUUUAACGCCUGUAGAUAAUUAAAAUUCCUAUUCCAUUACAGCUAUGCCUUAUAAUUACUUCAUCUAAUACAUAUUUUCAUUGUGA